AUGGCAUCGAAGUGUGCUUCACUAUCAUUUGAGGGUGUUUACUUGCUGUUGUGGAGUAUUGUGGUAAUGAUUGUAGUUUUAAAUGCAUGUUCGAUAUUUAAAGAGAAGAAUAUUCAAUGGCAUGCAUCACUUACAACUGUUAUUCCAACUCACAUGUUAUGCGUGUUGGUGCCAUAUCGUGACCGUGAGGCGGAACUACAAAUAUUCGUCUCUUAUAUAGCAGAUUUUCUCAAUAAACAAAAUGUUCUUCAUAAGAUAAUUGUUUUAAACCAGACGGAUGCAUUAAGGUUUAAUCGAGCAUCGCUGAUUAAUGUUGGGUGGUAUGAAGCAGAUCGAGUAGGAUGUGAUUACUUGGCUAUGCAUGAUGUCGAUCUUUUACCUUUAAAUCCACAAUUAGAUUAUUCAUAUCCAGGAAAAGGUAUCAUUCGACAUAUAUCUUCCCCAGAAUAUCAUCCAAAGUAUAAUUACACGAAAUUUGUUGGUGGUAUUUUACUUUUGACAAUGUCUGAUUAUAAGGUAGUGAAUGGCAUGUCAAAUAAGUACUGGGGAUGGGGUCUUGAAGACGACGAAUUUUAUCUUCGUUUAAGAGAUGCAAAUUUACUGUCAUCUAUGCAAAGACCGAUGAAUUUAACUACAAAUCGUUCCAAUACUUUUCGUCACAUACACGAUCCAAAAAUGCGAAAGAGAGAUUUCAAAAAAUACGGGAAUCAAAAGCAGAUAAGCUUCAACUACAUUAUUCUAAGAAUCCUCUAG